AUAAGUUCCAUGUUUAAAUUGGUAGAAGCGCCAGUGUUUCGCACACGAGUAUAGUCGUGAUUUCGCUGGAGAGAAAAAUUGUUUGAUUUCGUUUCAUAUAAAGAGUAUUUUAUUUACCGGCUCUCUGUACUAUUUAAUAAGGCGACUAGUAGUCGAACUCGAUGUCUAGAGACUUGUAUAAGUUUAAUCAUAAUAGGUCACGUGAGUGUGUCGGUCACGGGUUGUGAUUGUGUGUCGAAUUUUGAAUGUGCUUAAUAUAAUUACUCGAUUUGCUAAUUUAUAAAUACUCGCUUAUUUUAUAAAUACUUUUGUAAAGUAUAAAUAAAAUAAGAAAUAGAAAAUAAUAAUACACGAGUAUAUUCUUAGAGAUCGAUAAUUUUCAUUUACGUUGCUAAAUAAUUAAUGAGUUAUUCUUUCGACGAUUGCACGAGAAAGGUGUUCGAGUAUAACAAAUACAGCGAUGACUGGCCAAAGAGCUGCGACCGCGGGAUGCGACUCUAUAACGAUUCCGUCCUGUCAAUGGGCGGGCGCGCGGUUUAUACCACGGCGUGCGUCGAAGGGACGCAUUGCCAGCACGGACUCCUGCUGGUAGGGCGCGCGCUCACCACGAUAAUAACGUUAAAUAAUAUAUAGAACAGAAUUGUCUUAUCAACUUAAAUUGUACUCAGUUACGUGAUAAUUAGAUAAAAAAGAUUUGCAAAAACUAUUACAAUAGACUUAUUAGUGAGAAAGUGUCAUGACUGUGAAGAGCCCCUGGGCGCUGCUGGCCAACGUCCGAGGAGCGGUCAAUCAGAUUCUGCUGGUAUUUUUGAUCAAUGUCCCCACGAUGUCGUUCGGGCUGGCACUGGGCUGGGUGUCUCUGGCGAGCGGGGAGGCCGGCGCAGCGGACGCGGCUGGCUCGGGGGGCGGGGAGGAGGCUGGUCGGGGCGCCGUGAUCGCGGCCGUGACCACAUUCACAGCUUCUCUGGUGGGCGUCCCACUCAGCGCCCGCGCUCUGGACGCUGGAAGGAAGGCGGCGCUCAUCGCUACUUCUUCUUGCUUCGUGGUUUGUUGGUCCCUCAAGCUAGCGAGCGUGUGGGGGGGCGCGUGGUGCGUGGUGGUGGCGCGCGUGGCGGCCGGACUCGGCGGCGCCGCGGCCUGGGCCCUCGCUCCCUUGCUGGCCCGAGAAAUGUGCAGCAAGAAGUACCAAGGCGCUGCGGUGUCGGCGCUGGCGCUAGCUCAUAAUUUUGGCGUCCUGCUCAUGUACCUCGCGGCCGACGCGGCGAUACCGCACCGGACAAUAUUGUGGUGGUGCCUGGGCCUGUCCGUCACGCACUGCGUGAUCUUCGCGUUCGUUCCCGAGUCCCCGUCGUUUCUGGCAGCCAAAGGUAAAAUGAAGGAAGCCUACGUGUCCCUGGCGUGGUUCCGCGGCGUGUCGGUGUCGGACCCCGCUCUGGAGACGGAGUUGCGGUCGCUGCCGCCGCCCGAGCGCGACCAGUCGUCCUGGAGCCUCGCGAAAGAAAUGUUGAGCGACCCGCAGAGACGCCGCGCCUUCAUAAUCGGCGCCGUAGCGGUGAUAGGGCAAGAGGCCUGCGGCGUGCUCGCCAUCCUGCAGUACGCCGAGCGAGUGUUCGUGCUGGCGCGCGACGAGACCGAGCGAGAGGGGAGCCCCCGCCACCCCCCGCCGGCCGCCGCUCCGACCGACGAGCUGAUGUCUCCGGCGCGACACGCCGUCGUCAUCGGAGCGGUCCAACUCGUGAUGUCGGCCCUCUCCCUGUAUCUCGUCGAAAGGAUCGGACGAAGGCCGCUCCUGGUGGUGUGCGCGGUGUUGACGGGCGCAGCACUAGCGCUGGCGGCGGUGCUCACGGGCGUGACCGCGGUCGGAGCCACCGCCGCCAUCGCCGUCGCCGUCGCGGCGGACUCCGCCGGCCUGCAGCCCGCGCCCUACGCGCUGCUCGCUGAUAUGUUUCACUAUCAGUACCGCAGCUGCGCACAGAUGCUAGUGACGGCGGGCGGCUGCGCCGGCAACGCGCUGGAGGUGGCGCUGUUCCCGCUGGCGGCGGCGGGCGGGCUGCGCGGCGCGCUCGCGCUGGCGGCCGCGCUCACGCUCGCGUACGCGCUGUUCGCGGCGCUGCUCGUGCCGGAGACGCGCGGCCGGACGCCGGAGCAGAUAUACGCCGCCGUCGGCCCCGCCCGGCCCGCCCGGCCGAGCGACUGCGAGUACGGGCCGGACUCGAAGUGCAGUGAACUCGCCAUGUGCACGAAACUUCCGCUCAUAAACAUGUCGUCGCUUAAAAUCAUGAGCGUGAGUGUCGGCGAGGCCGUCGCGGGCCUCGAGAGGGACUGCGAUUACUUCUUUAUCACCGACUACAUUCCGUCGUAUAAUUCGAGCAUGGGUUUGCUGGACAAGUUGUCAGCAUGGAUAGGAGGCGGCGGCACGCAGGUGACGGUGCUGGUGCUGGGCUUGGACAGCAGCGGCAAGACCUCAACACUGAACGCGAUGCGUCCGCCCGAACAGCGCGUCUCGCACACGCUGCCCACAGUCGGACACCAGCAGGACCAUUUUCAGAGCGGCGGCGUGUCGUUCAGCGCGUGGGACGUGUCGGGUGCGGCGCGCAUGCGCCCGCUGUGGGAGCGCCACUACCGACACGCGCACGCAGUCAUCUUCGUCGUCGACUCGGCCGAUCACUUGCGACUCGUGGUGGCCCGGGAGGAGCUGGAGCUGAUGCUCGCUCACCCGGACAUGUUCGGGCGGCGCGCGCCGCUGCUCGUGCUCGCCAAUAAGAGCGACGCGCCGCACGCGCUGUCCGCCGCGCACGUGGCCGCCGGUAAUUGUAUGCCGUUUAAACUAACGGCACAACAGACGGGUAACAUUCAAAAGUGUUUUGGAUACAGAAUAUUUUAUUUUUCUUCAGAACAUAACAUUAAGACAGCCAAAAUAGCACGAGAAGACAUAGUCCUACACGACCAACCAAAUGUUACAAGAUUAGAGUUAUGACUAAUCUUUACAUUUUGUUGAUAAAAAUGCAGUUAG